AUGGCGCGAAGAAAGGUCAAAAAGCAGACGCAUCUGGGCGCCAAUGGCCCCAGCGGAAAACCUACCUCCGCAAAUGCAAUUAAUCGAUCGCCAAAAAGUAUGGUAAUUAGAGUUGGAGCUGGGGAAGUUGGACCAAGUGUUAGCCAGCUGGUCAAGGAUGUUCGCUCGAUGAUGCAACCAGAUACAGCUGCUAGAUUGAAGGAAAGAAAGGCGAACAAGCUAAAGGAUUAUCUCACUAUGUCUGGGCCACUGGGAGUAACACAUCUAAUGCUGUUCUCGAGAUCUGAGUCGGGAAAUACAAACAUGCGACUUGCGAUUACACCACGAGGACCAACACUACAUUUUCAGGUCGAGAAGUAUUCCUUAUGUAAAGACGUUAGGAGAGCGUUGAAGCAUCCUAAAGGCGGUGGAAAAGAAUAUCUCACAGCUCCAUUGCUUGUCAUGAACAACUUCAUAUCACCCCCUACCGAGUCCGAUUCCCAAAACAAGAUACCCAAGCAUCUCGAAUCUCUAACCACGACCGUGUUCCAAUCUCUAUUCCCUCCCAUCAAUCCUCAGCACACACCACUUCAGUCCAUACGCCGGGUCAUGCUCUUAAAUCGAGAGCCUGCCAAAGAUUCGGAUGAUGGCUCAUACAUUCUCAACCUCCGACACUACGCUAUCACAACAAAGGCUACCGGACUUUCGAAACCCCUACGGAGACUUAAUGCUGCAGAGAAAUUGCUGAACUCGCAAAAAGCGAAAGGCAAAAAGGGGGGCCUACCGAAUCUGGGCAAUUUAGAGGACAUUGCCGACUACAUGGUUGGUGGCGCAGAUGGUUCAGGGUAUAUGACGGACGCGACUAGUGGAAGUGAAGCAGACACAGAUGCCGAGGUGGAAGUCGUGGAGACUAGAGCCAAGAAGUUGUUAUCAAAACGGCAGAAAGACCGUGAAGAUGGCAAAAGUAAGAACUCCUCGAGUGGUGUCGAAAAGCGGGCAGUGAAAUUGGUUGAGCUGGGGCCAAGGCUGCGACUUAGGAUGACCAAGGUAGAGGAUGGAGUCUGUAACGGGAAAAUUAUGUGGCAUGAGUACAUUCAUAAAACAAAAGAAGAGGUUAAGGAGAUGGACAAGGUCUGGGAGAAAAGAAGACAAGAAAAAGAGACACGAAGACGGAUUCAGAGGGAGAACGUGGAAAAGAAGCGCAUUGCAAAGGGUCUUGGGGCGAAGAAAGGUGCUGAAGAUGAGGAUGAGGAUGAGAUGGACGUCGAUGAAUGGGACAGUGAGGGGCUCGAGGGUGAUGCUGAGAUGGAGCUGAAUGAAGAAGCGGAUGAGAGAGGGGAGUGGGAAGACCAGGAAGAAGAGAUCGCUGGAGGCUGA